UUUGUUGCAUCUUCGUUUGAUAGCUCGCGUGUGAGACUUUUUUCAUGCGAUUCGUGUUUUUCGGCUCGGUAGUGCGUUAUCUUUUGCGUAAUCGAUGCGGAUUUCUCAUCAAAGAGUUUAAAUUAUAAAGUGUAGAAAAUAGUGCAAGGAAUCCAGAACGGAUUUGUUUGCUCCGUGUUGUUAUCUGUAGAAAAGAAUUGCGAUGGGAAACGUGCUCGCUGCUUCAAAACCGAUCGCUGCCGGUGGCCUACCACCUCCCGCCCCAGCAGAACCAAUCCCUGCCAGCCCGGAGCCAGAGAAACCUUUGGAGAACCCCGGUUCGAUGGAAGAGCUCCAUAAAAAGUGCAAAGAUGUCAUGCCAGCCAACUUCGAAGGCGCCAAGCUGAUGAUCAAUAAAGGACUUAGCAAUCACUUUCAAGUGUCCCACACCAUUAACCUCAACUCCUCCAACACGAGUGGAUACCGAUUCGGAGCGACCUACGUAGGCACGAAGCAACUCUCCCCAUCGGAGGCUUUCCCGGUUAUACUGGGUGAUAUCGAUCCGGCCGGGAAUCUGAAUGCCAACGUCAUUCACCAGCUGACUCCGAACGUUCGGUGCAAGUUUGCUUCCCAAAUCCAGAAUCAGAAAGUCACUGCCGCACAGCUGACCACGGACUACAAGGGUCAGGACUUUACUGCGUCCCUCACCGUGGGCAAUCCAAACAUUAUAAACAAUUCCGGAGUUAUGGUGGCGCAUUAUUUACAAGCGGUAACCAACAAACUAGCGCUCGGCGGAGAGCUAGCAUAUCAGUAUGGACCACAAGUGCCCGGUGGUCAAAUAGCAAUAAUGUCCGCUGCCGCGCGGUACGCUGCCGAGGUUGGAACCUGGUCCGGUACGAUUGGGCUCGCCGGAUUACACGUCUGCUAUUACCAGAAAGCCAGCGAUCAACUGCAACUGGGCGUCGAGAUAGAAACCAGUCUCCGGAUGCAGGAAGCCGUAGCCACUUUGGGCUACCAGAUCGACCUGCCAAAGUCAGAGCUUGUGUUCCGCGGUAUGGUUGACACCAACUGGUCAGUGGCGGCCGUAUUGGAGAAAAAACUACAACCGCUGCCAUUUACCUUCGCGCUUAGUGGCAUAUUAAAUCACACCAAAAACCAGUUCCGGUUGGGGUGCGGACUAAUCAUCGGUUGAACAAAAGGUAACACAUUUGUUGGGCAUUUUAAACAGAGUUCAAAAACCACACUUCGAAGUGCAAGUUUGAUCGCAUUUCCUCUAGAGUGACAUUCUUAGAGCUGUCAGUGACCCCGGGGGAUGAAACACAAUAUUAGUCUGUUAGCAUAAAAUGAAAGCAAAUGAAAUAUAGCGGAUACAUUACAAAAUGACAAAGGAUCUAUCUGAAUAAAGAGUAAAUAUUAAAUAUAAAUGCGCUUGGAAAACACUGAUGUUUAGUUUGUCUUACCUCCCGUUGUAGUUCACAUGAUCCUCGAAGCAUUAUUGUUGUUAGCCAACAGUCACUAAAUUAAGUUGUGCUUAAUAUUACGGUUCCUUUUACGUAACAAUAAAAUGGUUCAACAGA